GUAAUUCUACUCCAGUUCUCAACAAUGAUCUCCCGUACGAGUCACCGCCAGCAGCUCCUGCUGCACCUGGACUUGCUCGUUCACCUGGUCCUUGCCAGCAUUCAGCUCUCCCACUCCCUCGACGGCACCUUCAGCAACCAAACCGCCACACCGCCAGCAAAGGUCCCGUGCCGGCCGGACCAGGCCUCGGCGCUGCUCCGGCUGGGACGCUCCUUCCACUCCACCAACGACUCCACCUGCACCCUCGCGUCGUGGCGCGCCGGCACCGACUGCUGCGGCUGGGAGGGCGUCGCCUGCGCCGCCUCCGACGGCGGCGUGACCGCCCUCGACCUCGGCGGGUGCGGGCUGGCGAGCGCCGGCGGCCUCCACCCCGCGCUCUUCGACCUGACCUCCCUGAGGCACCUGGACCUCUCCGGCAACAGCCUCAACGAGUCCCAGCUCCCGGAUGCUGGGUUCGAGCGGCUCACGGAGCUCGCCCACCUCAACCUCUCCUACUCCGACUUCGUCGGCAAGAUACCAGACGGGAUACGGCGGCUCAGCAAUCUGGAAUCUCUGGACUUCUCCAACUGGAUCUAUCUCGUCGGAGACAACGACUAUUUCCUGCCCCUCGGCGAAGGGCGGUGGCCCGUCGUGGAGCCGGACAUCGGGUCACUAGUCUCUAACCUCAGCAGCCUGAAAGAGCUCUAUCUCGACACCGUUGACCUGUCCGGCAACGGGGCAGCGUGGUGCAGUGCCUUUGCUAAUUCCACUCCACAGCUUCAGGUUCUCAGCCUGCGAGGCACCAACCUCGAUGCUCCGAUCUGUGGGUCGCUGUCUCUCAUCCACUCAUUGGCCAAGAUCAACCUAAAGUACAACAGAGUACAUGGCCAGAUUCCAGAGUCCUUUGCUGAUCUACCUUCCCUCAGUGUUCUUAAACUUGCCUACAAUCUGCUUGAAGGGCCGUUCCCGUCAAGGAUCUUCCAGAACAAAAACUUGACAGUGGUUGAUAUCAGUUAUAAUCACAAAGUAUCGGGCGUGCUGCCCAACUUCUCAUCGGAUAGUAUCCUGACGCAGCUGGUUUGCAGCAACACGAACUUCUCUGGUCUGAUUCCGAGUUCCAUAAGUAAUCUCAAAUCCUUGAACAAAUUAGGUGUUGCGGCGGCAGACUUUCACCAAGAGCUUCCCUCCUCACUAGGUGAGCUCAGAUCCUUGACAUCAUUACAAGUUUCCGGGGCUGGUAUAGUGGGAGAAAUGCCAUCCUGGGUGGCAAAUUUAACUUCUUUGGAAAUUUUGCAAUUCUCGAACUGUGGCUUAUCUGGUCAAGUACCUUCCUUCAUAGUUUCAUUGGUACCAUUGAACUCAGCUCAUUCUUCAAAUUGCCCAAUCUAUUUCGGCUGAAUCUGUCAAACAACAAACUUUCCAUAGUGGAAGGCAAAUAUAACUCUUCAUGGGAGUCCAUCGAC